UCAGAGGAGAAAGGGCUGAGUCUGGGGUUUAGCAAGGUGUUUUUAUGCUAGUAGGACUGGCUAAUAAGGACUACCUGAACCACCCAGCAGGUGUGUUGGAGCAGUAUAAAGAUACUGUCUGUUUAUAAGGUCCUACAAGAGGAAAUAACUGAAGUUCUCCAGUUCCUUGAACCAUAAUUCUUUGGCUCCCUCAACAUACCAACCCCACAGACUUUGUCAGUAGCAACGUAACUACCUUGAAACAGGGCUAUUCUGCAUGUGCACCUAAAGUCUCGGGUCCUUAUUCUGGAGCUAAUGAGUUUAUGGAGAUACAAUGGUACUUAAACUCCUUAGUCCAGAGAUAAGUAGCUUGCUGCACUUAGACGCUCCACCAGCCUCUUGUUCUGAAGCUAUUAUGCCUCUCAACUUCAAAAUCCCCUCCUUCAGCAGGUCACUUCCAGGUACCACAGCAGCUGAAUGUGCAUCGAAUCUCAAGAAGAUCUAUACAGUACAGACAGUACAGAUUUUCUGGAGUGUCUAUAAUAAUAUUCCUGCUGUGACAAAUUUGCCUUUGAGAUGUAGUUACCAUUUAAUGCGGGGAGAAAGACGGCCACUUUGGGAAGAGGAAAGCAACGCCAAAGGAGGUGUAUGGAAAAUGAAGGUCCCUAAAGAAAGUACGUCUGCAGUUUGGAAAGAGUUAUUGCUGGCAACUAUUGGGGAACAGUUUACAGAUUGCUCUGCAGCAGAUGAUGAAGUAAUAGGGGUUAGUGUCAGUGUUCGUGACCGUGAAGAUGUUGUUCAAGUUUGGAAUGUGAAUGCAUCUUUGGCAAGUGAAGCAAGAGUUUUAGAAAAGAUCUAUGAACUUCUGCCACACACCUCCUUUAAAGCAGUGUUUUAUAAGCCUCACAGAGAGCAUCAUGCUUUUGAAGGUGGACGUAGAAGACAUUAACUGCACCCUGUAAAAAACUCAUACUUUGUAGUCUGAGUUUGGGAAGUGGUCUAAGCAGGGAGAUGGAUGGGCAGAAGCCUUGCAGAAGCACCACAUCUGCUCGUCAUUUUCAGUUUGUUUCUAAUGCUUUCAAAUUGGGCCAUUAUUACUCAAAAUGAGGAAAAUGGUUGCCUUGAUUACUAAACAUGGUGCUCCUUACUUUUUUAGCUUUCUACGUUCUUAGUUUAGUUUCCUUGUUGGGGGGGGUAAAUUGGCCACUUGUUUUUCUUUCGUUCAGACUGUAUUUGUAUUUCUGUUUUGUUAAACUUAGAAGACUUUCCUGUCUUUUGAAGUAGUUGUACUGUACUUAGUAAAUUGCAAAUAUGCACAGAGAUGAUAUGCUGCUUUUUCUAGAUUUGCUGUACAUAGAGGAAUCCUGGCUUGGUCAAACAUGUUUUCAAUAUUUGUUUUGAAACAUUCCUAUCAUGUUAAGAUUUACUCACUGUCUUUGUCCCGAGAGAGAGAAAUUGCACUGCAUUAUUCUAAUAUCAAGUCAUGUGGUCAUGCACUGAUAAUAGCACACAUACUGUAAAAAUAAAUAAUAAUCACUGAAUGAGAUCCUGCAAACAAAGAGCACAUUUGUAUUGGGACUGACUUAAAUUCUCUGAGUUGUUAACCAGUGUUUUAAUUUAAGCUAUCUCAAAAAAACACAUUCAGCCUAGAAUGAGAGAUCUGUCAAUAGAAAACCCUUUACCUCUUAUUUUAGAGGAGAUGAUAUUGAAAUAGUUUUGUAUGCUUUCUUAUGAAGUUUUUCAGUGCACUCACUAAAAAAAGGUUUCACAAGUCAAUUCUAACACAUUUUAUUAAAUAGAUCCUUCUCUCACCGUGCUUUGAUCAUAUUUGGCCUCUGCCUUCACCCAUAAAGGUCAGUACCAAAACUCCUGUGGGCUUCAGUGCAAACAGAUAACCCCCACUGUAUUUAGUUUCAAGCUAUGGUGGCACCUUAAGUGAGGUUGUUCUUAAUUUAGAAAAAUGAAGUUGAUUAACAUUUUACAGCAUGAAUGUGAAUAUUUACAAUGUUAAACUCCAAGUGUGUUUUUGUCUGUAUUAAUUAUUGGAGGUUUCAGUAUGUUUUAUUAUAGUACCAAAGAUUUAUUGAGUUAGUUCUUUUUACUAAAAGAAGCUUCAAAGUAGAAAUGAGUGUAUACUCCACUGAGUAUUACUGGAUUGGUGUGUUUUGUUUGGAAAUUGUUCAGAUUGCACUGAUUUCCACAUAUUUAGUAUAUUAAGAGGCAACCAUUGGAAUUAAUUACACUUAUAAAUAAAAAUUCCCUUUGAAUUUUUUUACUUCAUCUGUAUUUAUGAAUUAUAAUUGUGCAGUUAAUGAGGAUUAUUAAACAAAAUUUUUCUAAAA